AUGAGCGCCGUCGCUACAUAUCCAUCACCACUCCACGCACACCCGCCGCCCAGCUCAGGCCCCCAUGGCGUCGAGGGCCGCACCCCCAAUGCCCAUGCCGCACUGGCCGCUACCCUGUUGUCUGUCACAGACCCGUUUAUUCUCUACCAAAACUACGUGUCACAAGGCCUCCUCGAACGCGAUGAGUUCCAGCUCCGCGCUAUGAAGGAGUUCCAGAAGCUCUACCACCGUGUUAUUGACUACCGGCCACCCGAAGAUCUCCAGAUCAAAAUCAGCCUUCUUCUUAGAAAGAUCGAAUUGAAGCACGCCCAGCAGAUCAUGGACGACCAGGCCAAACAGGGUCGCCGAUUGCACCAUGUACGGUUCGGUACCCUCAGCCGACUCUUUCGCCGGGAUCCCAACGCUGAGAAAAUGCUGCUCAUCAAAAUCAUCACCGACGAGGAGGAGUUGAGUAACUUCCUGUCUCCCCAAGGACUACUCAUAAACGGAGAGGUUGGGUGUGGCAAGUCGAUGUUGAUGGACAUUUUUGCCUCGUCUUUACCCCACCAGUCCAAGAUGCGGUGGCAUUUCAAUAACUUCAUUUUAUGGGUGUACAACGAGAUCCACAGCAUUCAGAAUGAAAAAAUCCUCACUGCCAACUUGCACGGGUAUCACUCCCGGCUCCUGAUGGAGAACGAGUUCAUCUUGUUUGAAAUUGCCCAGAAAAUGAUCAACAAGAACACAAUUCUCAUGCUUGACGAGUUCAUGCUCCCCGACAUCGCGUCUGCCAACAUCAUCAAAAUCUUAUUCACCUACUACUUCAAGCUCGGCGGUGUGUUGGUGGCCACCUCCAACAAGCUCCCCGAGGAGUUGUACUCGAACGAGUUCCACAAGUCCAAGUUCAAGACCUUUGUCAACAUUCUCAACUACCGGUGCACCUCGGUGGAUAUGAGGUCCAGUAAAGACUACAGAGUACAGCUUUCGGCCCAGAACCUCCUGGACUGCAAUGCCACCGUCGUGUGGAACAACCCCAACCACACGGCCGAGUGGAACCGGUUGAUCAAACUGAAAGUGUUGCAAAUCCCCCACCAGUCACCAUUAAUGGCACCCGAAAUCGCCAUUGCAGAUUCCCGUCUAGGAGGCAUUCCUGGAUCAUUCAAAGUCUACAGCCGUGUCACUCACCUUCCAGUGACAUUCUCAUCCCGCAUCUGCUACCUCGACUUUGACUACAUUUGCCGAGGUCUCUACGGCUCAUCCGAUUAUAUCACCCUCGCAUCAAACUACAGCACCAUAGUCCUCACCAACGUGCCAAUUCUCACCACCAAAAUGAAGAACGAGGCCCGGAGAUUCAUCACCCUUCUUGAUGCUCUCUAUGAGUCCAAAUGCCAGUUUUACAUCAAGUCUGAGGUUCCCAUCGACUAUACCUUUUUCCCCGAUGCGCAGGACUCAGAGGCACCUGAGGAAAUCAAACAAAUGGUCCGGGACCGCAACGACAAUAACUUAGAGGUCCAGGAUGAGGAAAUGUUCUCCAAAACGUCCAUUGCCACCUCCAGUCCCUAUCGGCCCAAUGUCUCCACCUACGACCAGAAUCAUACAAUCGAGUACCGCGAGUCGCAAGUCAGUAAUUAUAAGGACAUCACCGCUUUCACGGGAGAAGACGAAAAGUUUGCCUACAAAAGAGCGGUGCUGAGAAUCAAGGAGAUGGUAGGCUCAACUGCGUGGAGACAGGCUGAUCGGUGGGUACCUAUUGAUGAUACCAUGAGACCCUGGGAGGUCACCUCCAAUCCCACCACCACCAGAGAUAUCCAUCUCCAGCCACAGCAGCUAUCACCCGAGGCCGAAGAGCAGGUGGAUGAACAAAUCCGUGAACUUUUGCACAAUAAGGGCAAAUUAAUUCUGUCUUUACCGAGAGAUAUUGCAGGAGAUAUGAGAAUGCCGUUCCGGAUGUUCAACCGCAAAUUGGCACCUAUUUUUUCUAACAUCCAACAUUUCUGGUCCAUGGGCCAAUGGAACCGCCUGCGGAAGGUUAAGGACGAAAUUGCCCGCUCGUGGCUCAAUUCCACUAAUAUGAGAGAUUAGUAGUGCUGUAUAAUUUCCUAAUUUGCUCAGUUGCUUUUCCCGAAACGGCAUAGGUGUAUGGAACCAAAUUCAAUGAGGGGCCUACCAGCCUCGUGGUGCGACAACCAGGCCCUCAUGGGAGGCACUCGUGACGCAAUAAACUGCUAACAGGAAAGAGGCCGCGUGUGCGCACCAAUUCCGCGAAAAUUCUUCGGCAGUCUUCUAAAGUGGUGGGCAAAAAUCUUUCACCUCCAACUUACUUCUUUUCUUAACAGUAAUUCAAAUAUGUCCAAGGUUUUCUUCGAUAUCUCCGCCAACGGUGCCAAAUUGGGUAGAGUCACCUUCAAGUUGUACAACGAUGUUGUGCCAAAGACCACCGAAAACUUCAGAGCCUUGUGCACUGGUGAAAAGGGUUUCGGAUACGCCAACUCUGCUUUCCACAGAGUCAUUCCUCAAUUCAUGUUGCAAGGAGGUGAUUUCACCAGAGGUAACGGUACCGGAGGUAAGUCCAUCUACGGAGAAAAGUUUGCCGAUGAAAACUUUGCCAAGAAGCACGAAAAGCCUGGUUUGUUAUCCAUGGCCAACGCUGGUCCUAACACCAACGGAUCUCAAUUCUUCAUCACCACUGUUGCCUGCCCAUGGUUGGACGGAAAGCACGUUGUUUUCGGAGAAGUUGUCGACGGAUACGACGUUGUAAAGCAGGUUGAAUCCUACGGUUCCAGCACUGGUGCCACCAGAGCCAAGAUUGUUAUCGAGGCUUCCGGUGAGCUCUAAGUAGUGGGCCUGGUACUGCCGUGGGUCUUAUAUAGAGCAAGUUUUGGUUUAUAUUGAGUAUACAAGCAGUGGUUUGAGUAUAGUUUUAUUGACUUUAACCAGUGGUAUAUGAGAAAUUUCACAACUUGGCAGUGAUAAUUCCCUUAAUCCCACUGUUCUCCAUUCCCUGGUCAUCCUUCUUCAAGUACGCCACCACGCCCUUGGAGAUCACCAUCGCAAACCGUUCACUCCGGUAACCCAUCCCAAACUUGGACUUGUCAGACCCCAAUUUGUGAGAUGCCGUGAACUGUCCAUUGGGAUCAGAUGCAAAGUACACAUUUCUUUCAACGUUGUAUUUGUUGACAAGAAGUUUCCCCCACGCGUUCAAAGUGAAUGCGUCGUUCACCGAGUACACCACGACGUUCUUAAUUCCUAGGGCAUCGAGUUUAUCAAAGUUGGUUAAAAUCUCAGGGAGGUGCUGUUCAGUGCAGAGAGGCGAAAACGCCGCCGGCACCGAAACUACGAGGAGAUUUCCGUCGGCAAUGAGCUUAUCAAACGAGAGCUUCAAUGGCCGUGAGCACGCGAGGGCGUCCUCGCCCUUUGACACGGGGAUAUAGAGGAAUUCGAUUCCUGAGGGAAAUUUAUCACCUUGUUGCAUAUGAGAAGUGGUUAGCCGGAAAAACCCGAAGUAUACUUUUUGAGGGUUAGGCUACUAUACCAAUGAAAGAUCCGGGUCAGUUACCUAAUAACUGGUCUGGGUUUAUCAAUAAAUGCACUGUCUCCACAAUUGAAAGCUUGUAGUCAGUAGCGAACUGUGAUAUUUUUCCCGCGCUGCGAAGUUAAAUAAAUCCCCAUAAUCAAAUCAACCCCAUAAACUGUAAAUGGACACCUACGACGACAAUCCGUGGCACGAUGAGGAGUUCAACAUCAAGCCUAUCCGUCUUGCUAAGAGACGCACGUCU